AUGCAGAAAGAGAUUCAGGCUUUGAGGGGGAAAUAUCUAUUUGGGAAGAAUGCUCAUGAUCUUUGCUUAGUCUCUAAUGUGAAGAUUCCUACCAAGUUCAAGGUACCAUAUUUCGAGAAGUAUAAGGGCAACUCUUGUCCUCUAAGUCAUUUAGUGAUGUGCGCUCGUAAAAUGUUGACUGAAACUGAUAAUCAUCAAUUAUUGAUCCACUACUUUCAAGACUGUUUGAUCGAUGCUGCUUUGAAAUGGUACAUGGGAUUUGAUAGCACCCAGAUCCAAACUUUCAAUGACCUAGAAGGUGGUUUAUCUGACAGUUCUAGAAGAUAUGUGAAUGGUUUUCCCAAGAAGAAGGAACAUGAUGCUAACUCUAUUUCGCAAGAGAAGCGUAGGAGAUCUCCAAGAAACAGUCAACGUUACCAGCAUGUGGCAUCAGUUGCUCUGAGUAUUAAUCCUGCUAUAGUUGUUCAAGUAGCACCAAGUUAUCAACCAUGUUUUCCACAACGUACGAAUCAACAAAAUCAACAACAUCAACAGAACCGUGUUCAGAGACCCGCACAAUUUAAUCCAAUUCCAAUGUCCUAUACAAAAUUAUUUCCUGCUUUAAUACAAAAGAAUUUGGUAGAAACAAGAACUUCACCAACUGUUCCGAAAGAGCUUUCGUGGUGGUAUAAACCUAAUCAUCAUUGUGCAUUCCAUCAAGGAGCACCCGAUCAUGAUGUUGAAAAUUGUUUCACUUUGAAAGAUGAGGUGAGAAGAUUAAUGCAAAGUGGUAUUUUGUAUUUUGAAGACUCUGGUCCUAAUGUACAAGCCAAUCUGUUGCCUAAACAUUAUGGUGAAAUUGUGAAUAUGGUCGAAGGAUGUCCUGGAAAAUACCUAGUUUAUGAUGUCAAUCUGAUUAGAAGAUCCUUGGUCGAAAUGCAUGCAACUUUAUGCGAGUUCAACUAUUAUGAGUAUGACCAUGCUUCUGGUCACAUUUCAUCCAGAAACCCUCGAGGGUAUGAUGUGGUGAAAAUAGACUUACAAGAGAUGCUGGAUCAAAAUCUUAUCCAGAUUAGGAGGGAUAGAGAUCAAGAUGAGCAUGAGGUAAACGUCAUAGUUCCCCGUUUCAAUAUCCCAGAACCAGUUGUGAUUGAAUUAAAUGGCCAGAAGUCUAUUGUUUCUUCGUUUGUAAUUUUUUUGGCGGGUCCUACGCCCUAUGAGUCAGCUAAAGUUGUUCCUUACAAGUAUAAUGCUACCAUGUUGGAAGAUGGUAAAGAGGUGUCUAUUCCUUAUUUUUCAUCUAUUGUGAACAUUACCUAUGUAAGUGGUGUGACCAGAAGUGGUCGAGUAUUUGCUGCUGCAACUCCUAAGAGAACUGAAGAUGUUGUGAUAGAGAAACUAGCUCAAGAGAAAACUCCUGUUAUACAGUCCGACCAAUCCAGCAGUGUGAAUCAGAGUUCUGAUCAAGAUGAAGUGCUAAAAUUAAUUAGGAAGAGUGGUUUAAAUGUGGUGGAUCAGUUGUUGCACACCCCAUCCAAGAUAUAUGUGUUAUCUUUACUGAAGAGUUUAGAGGCUCACAAGGAGGUUUUGCAUAAGGUCAUGGAGCCAGCCUAUAUGGAUCACGAUGUAACGAUUGGUCAAUUUGGUGGCAUUAUGGCCAAUAUUACCGCAUGCAACAAUCUAAGCUUCAGUGAUGAAGAGUUGCUCGAGCAGGGAAGGAAUCAUAACUUGGCUUUGCAUAUUUCCAUGAACUGUCAAGAAGAUGCCAUGUCCAAUGUGAUGGUGGAAACUGGCUCUUCUAUGAAUGUUUUGCCCAAGGCCACUAUAUCCAAGCUUUAUUACCAAGGUGCUCUGAUGUUAGUGGGGUUAUUGUGA